AUGGCGGAUUUCUCCAAGGAAUCUUGCCCUUCUGUGAAGAACAUUUUGCUUCUGGAUUCUGAAGGAAAGCGUGUUGCUGUAAAGUAUUUCUCAGAUGAUUGGCCGACUAAUGCAUCAAAGUUAGCCUACGAAAAAUCUGUUUUUACUAAAACUCUGAAGACAAAUGCACGGACAGAAGCUGAGAUAACAUUGUUUGAUGGUUAUAUUGUCGUUUACAAGUUUGUACAUGACCUUCACUUUUUUGUCACCGCUGGAGAUGAUGAGAAUGAACUAAUUUUAGCAAGUGUACUACAUGGUUUUUCUGAUUCUGUUGGUCUUCUACUCAGGGGUGAUGUUGAGAAGCGGACUGCUCUUGAGAACUUGGAUUUGAUACUUCUCUGCAUCGAUGAAAUCAUAGAUGGGGGAAUCAUCCUGGAAACAGACGCAAAUACCAUUGCUGGGAAGGUCGCAACCAAUGCUGUUGAUGGUUCUGUGCCCUUUUCUGAGCAGACGAUAUCUCAGGCCCUAGCCACAGCUAGGGAGCACCUUGCAAGAUCUCUACUGAAAUGA